CAAAAAAUUCUCAUUAUAUCCAUCCAUCCAUGGAAGAACAAGCUUCUUUCUUCUUCUCUCAUUUUCCCACUAUCCCUCUCUUUGCCCUUCUCAUAACUACUCUGUUUCUCCUCUCCAAAUUUCGAAAAACUGAGCACAGAAAACUCCCACCAAGCCCACCUUCUCUUCCGGUAAUCGGCCACCUCCAUCUUCUGAAAGAACCAUUCCACCAAAUGUUGCAAGAUCUCUCUAAAAAAUACGGCCCUGUCUUCUCACUCACCCUCGGUUUUCGUCCCGUGGUGGUUGUAUCCGCCCCCUCCGCCGUCCAAGAAUGGAAGAUACUGAAUUACGAUUACACAGCGGUUGGUGCGACGGCGUACGGGCAGCACUGGCGGAUCAUGCGGCGCAUAGCUACGACAGAAUUGCUGUCCACUCACCGUCUCAACAGCUUGAGUAAGAUCCGAGAGGAGGAAGUGAAAUUGUGGGUGAAAAGAUUGUACGGAAUGACGGAGGUGGGGGAAAGUAACAAGGGAGUAAGAGUGGGAUUAAGGUCGAAAUUGACGGAACUGUCUUUCAACAUUGCGUUGAUGUUAAUGACUGGGAGACGGUAUUUUGGGGGAGAAGUGGAGGGGGAGAGUGAGGAGGCGAAGGAGUUGAAGGAGACGAUGAAACAAGUUCCUCUGUUGAGUGGAGCGUCGUAUCCGGCGGAUUUUCUGUCGGUUUUAAAAUGGGUUGAUUUUCAAGUGAGAGUUGAUGGAGAUGCUUUUGCGCAAAGUGUUGUUGAUGAAAGACGGAAACUGAAGGGUUCAUGUGAGCGAAAGACGAUAAUUGAUAGUCUGCUGUUGUUGCAGGAGUCGGACCCUGAGUAUUACAAGGACGAAAUUAUAAAGGGACAAUUCUUGACUUUACUGGCUGCAGGAACUGAUACAACAGCGAGAACAUUAGAGUGGGCGAUGUCGUUGUUGCUGAACCAUCCAACAGAGAUGAAGAAGGCUUGGACAGAGAUAAAUGAGGUUGUUGGAGACCAAAGACUAGUAGAGGAAGCCGACAGGAACAAGCCACACUAUCUUCAAGCCAUAAUCAACGAGACCUAUCGGCUAUUCCCAGCCCUUCCAAUACUUGCGCCACGUGAAUCAUCUGAAGACUGCACAAUUGGAGGGUUCGAUAUUCCAAAGGGAACCAUGUUAGUGGUGAAUGCUUGGGCCGUCCAUCGAGACCCCAAUGUGUGGGAACAUCCCAAUAGUUUCCAACCAGAGAGAUUUAAACCAGGACAACUGGAAGUCAGUAAAUUGUUGCCAUUUGGAAUGGGGAGAAGGGCAGGUCCAGGGGCUGGCCUUGCUCAUAGGGUCGUGGCUUUGGCUUUGGCCACUCUCAUUCAGUGCUUCGAGUGGGGGAGACCUGACCAAAAAGGUCUAGACUUGUCCCCAGGGAUUGGACUCACCAUGCCUAGAGCCAUCCCUCUUGAGGCCAUAUGCAAACCACGUGCUUCCAUUACUCAUUUACUAUCACAGCUUUGAUGUGCACAACCCCUCAUUUAUCUAAUUAUCUCUCAUAUUAUUAUGUUUUUGCAUCUAUGUUUUUAUCUUGUAAC